AUGUCUGUAGCUACUGCAAAGGGAGUGUCCAUCUUGGGCCCUGUAAAGCCUCAAUAUGCCGACAUCCUCUCCAUUCCCGCCCAGGAGUUUGUCGCUACCCUGCACAGAGCCUUCAAUGGCCGUCGCAAAGCCCUUCUUCAAAGGCGUGUCCAGAGACAAAAGGAAAUUGAUGCCGGACAAUUCCCCGAUUUCCUUCCCGAAACUCGCUGGAUCCGGGAGGACCCUACCUGGAGGGCUGCUCCCCCCGCACCUGGAUUGGUCGAUCGUCGUGUGGAGAUCACCGGACCCGUUGACAGGAAGAUGGUCAUCAAUGCUCUGAACUCAGGAGCUUUGACCUACAUGGCUGAUUUCGAAGACUCCAAUGCACCAACCUGGGAGAACAACAUCUCUGGUCAAUUCAACAUGCGUGACGCCGUACGUCGCACCAUCAGCUUCGCUGCGCCUAACGGAAAGUACUACAAGCUGAAGGAGGGUAGACUUGCCACCUUGAUUGUUCGUCCUCGUGGAUGGCACAUGGAAGAGAAGCAUUUCUUGGUGGAUGGAGAGCCCGCCUCUGCGUCAAUCUUUGACUUUGCCUUGUAUUUCUUCCACAAUGCUGCUGAGAGCGUGCGCAGAGGAUUUGGCCCUUACUUCUACCUUCCCAAGAUGGAGAGCCACCUUGAAGCUAGAUUGUGGAACGAUGUUUUCAACUUGGCACAGGACAUGUUGGCCAUUCCUCGCGGAACCAUUCGGGGGACUGUUUUGAUUGAAACGAUCAUGGCUGCCUUUGAGAUGGAGGAGAUCAUCUACGAGCUGCGCGAGCACUCUUCUGGUCUCAACUGUGGCCGUUGGGACUACAUCUUCUCUUUCAUUAAAAAGUUCAGGAACAACCCCAACUUCCUUCUCCCUGACCGUGGCGACAUCACGAUGACAACUCCUUUCAUGGACGCAUAUGUACGUCUUCUCAUCAAAACUUGCCACAAGCGCGGUGUGCACGCUAUGGGUGGCAUGGCUGCAUUUAUCCCCAUCAAGGACAAUGCCGCUGCUAACGAUGCAGCCAUGGCCAAAGUCCGUGCUGACAAGCUAAGGGAAGUCCAAGCCGGGCAUGACGGAACAUGGGUCGCGCACCCUGAUCUUGUUAAGCUUGCCAAGGCCAUCUUCGACGAGCACAUGCCGCAGCCCAACCAAUUGUACGUCCGCCGUGAAGACGUCAAAGUAUCUGGAGCCGACCUCAUUUCGACUCAGGGCGUGAAGGGUGCUAUCACCGACAAGGGUUUGCGAAUGAAUAUCGAUGUGGCCCUCCAAUACAUGGAGGCGUGGCUUCACGGAAACGGUUGUGUCCCUAUCCACAACUUGAUGGAGGACGCCGCCACAGCAGAGAUCUCUCGUUCGCAAUUGUGGCAGUGGGUGCGUCACCGUGCAAGGACUGCCGAGGGCAAGGAGAUUACUCCCGAGUACGUCAACCAGUUGCUUGACGAGGAGAUUGGUAACAUCAAGAGCCGCCUGGGAGAGAAGAAGUUUGCAUCUUCCAAAUUUGAGUUGGCGAAGAAGUUUUUGGCCAGCACUAUCCAAGGAAAGGAAUACUCUGACUUUUUGACGACGCUUUGCUACGACUCCAUUCUGACAUUGUCUCCAGGAGGCGCCAAACUCUAA